AUGCGGAAGGCGUACAGGGACUCCCUCAAGGUGCUCGAAGCUGACAUCCAGCACGCCAACACCCUGGCGACUGAAUUUCCGCGGGAGUACGAUGGGGCGUGCCUGCAGAUGCGGCUGUCGUUUAGCCCCGCCGCGCACAUAUUCCUCUUCCUGGUGCAGUGGACGGACUGCAGCCUCGCUGGGGCUCUCGGAUUGAUGAGGAUCCUCAUAUACAAGGUCUACGUCGAUGGCACAACCACCAUGUCGACCCAUGAGAGGAAAGCCAGCAUCAAGGAAUUCUAUGCUGUAAUAUUUCCUUCUUUGCUGCAACUGCAAAGAGGGAUCACUGAUAUGGAGGACAAGAAGCAGAAGGCCGUGUGUAUGGAGAGGUACAGAAGGAGAGAUGAAGACGAAACAAGCAGCUUAUCUGAUGUUGAUGCUGAGAGGGAGGAGGAAUGUGGGAUCUGCAUGGAGAUGAACAGCAAAGUUGUGUUGCCCAACUGCACACAUGCGAUGUGUCUCAGAUGCUAUCAGGACUGGAACUCGAGGUCACAGUCCUGCCCAUUCUGCCGCGACAACUUGAAGAAGACUGACCCUGGUGACUUGUGGAUUUACGUCGAGGACGAUGACGUGGUCGACAUGGAGACGGUAUCAAGAGAGAACCUCAGACGGCUGUUCAUGUACAUAAACAAGCUCCCUCUGAUCGUGCCUGAUGUCAUCUUCAGUGUCUAUGAUUCCCACAUAAAAUGA